UUCAUUCGUACCCCGACGAGGAGUUUUACUGAAACUUGCGAGGACCCUACCAAGCGCAUACAAGACUGGCCUGAUCGAGUCCAUCCAAAUCGACUGGUUCCACGUUCGAUCACAGGCCAAUUCGGCUGAACUCAGGGCAGUUGUUGUGUGCACUUGGGUCCCGGUGUUGGCGGCGUACCGAAAGGAGACCAUCUGGUCCGCGGUGUCGCGUCGCAUCGUGCGUUCGCCCAAUAGCUGGGUCUGGUCGUGCCGGUGGGGCGAACCGGCGAAGAAGUGGGGGAGGAAGACCGUAUUAGACACGGGGGGCAGCGACUCCGCCUACCGCGAGCCGCGCCACAGGGGGCCGGGAAUUUCCACGGGCGAUGUGCUCGCCCGCCGGCGCACCCGCUGCCCUUGUCUCGCGCGUCGCGCCGCCGGGGGCGGCGGCCCGAUUGGUCCUCCUUGUUUAGGCACCGUCCUUUGGCCCCAUCCGAGCCGAGCCAAGGCGCCAUGAGCUCCUCCCCCGUGGCGCGCCUCCUCUUGCCACUGCUCCUGUGCGCCGGCGCGCUCGGAUUCUUGUCUCGCUGCCAUGGCGCCCGCGACGCUGAGGCGCCCCGCUACGUCACCGUCUCCGCCGCCAGCUUCAAGCCGGGGUCGACGUGCAGAGACCCGGACCCAGGUUUCAGUUGCGCCGCGGCGGAACGGCACGUCGGCCGUGCUGCGGCUGACGCACCGGCACGGGCCGUGCGCCCCCGCGCGGGCGUCCUCGCUAGCGGCCCCGUCGGUCGCCGACACGCUGCGCGCGGACCAGCGGCGGGCGGAGUACAUACUGAGGAGGGUGUCCGGUGCCGGCGCGCAGCAGCUGGUUGGAUCCAAGGCGGCGGCGACGGUGCCGGCGAGCUGGGGCUACGACAUCGGCACGCUCAACUACGUGGUGACGGCGAGCCUCGGCACGCCGGGUGUGGCGCAGACGCUUGAGGUGGACACCGGCAGCGACCUGUCGUGGGUGCAGUGCAAGCCGUGCGCGGCGUCGUCGUGCUACAGCCAGAAGGACCCGCUCUUCGACCCCGCCCGGUCGUCGUCGUACGCCGCCGUGCCGUGCGGCGGGUCCGCGUGCGCGGGGCUGGGCCUGUACGCGUCCGGCUGCUCGGCGGCGCAGUGCGGGUACGUGGUCAGCUACGGCGACGGGUCCAACACCAGGGGCGUGUACGGCUCCGACACGCUGACGCUGACGGCGACGGACGCGGUGCAGGGGUUCCUCUUCGGCUGCGGCCACGCGCAGAGCGGGCUGCUCACCGGCAUCGACGGACUCCUCGGCCUCGGCCGCCUGCCGGUGUCGCUCGUGGGGCAGACGGCGGGCGCGUACGGCGGGGCCUUCUCCUACUGCCUCCCGACGAAGCCGUCCACCACGGGAUACCUUACGCUUGGCGGCGCGGCGAGCGCAGCGGCGCCGGGGUUCGCGACGACGCAGCUGCUGACGUCGCCGGGCGCGCCGACGUACUACAUCGUGAUGCUGACGGGCAUCAGCGUGGGCGGGCAGGCGCUGAGCGUGCCGGCCUCGGCGUUCGCGGGCGGGACGGUGGUGGACACGGGCACGGUGGUCACCCGGCUGCCCCCGGCGGCGUACGCGGCGCUGCGGUCCGCGUUCCGCUCCGGGAUGACGGCGUACCCAUCGGCGGCGCCGAACGGGAUCCUGGACACGUGCUACGACUUAUCCGGGUACAGCACCGUGACGCUCCCCAGCGUGGCGCUGGUGCUGAGCAGCGGCGCGACCCUGACGCUGGGCGCGGACGGGAUCCUGUCGUUCGGGUGCCUGGCGUUCGCGGCCAGCGGCAGCGACGGCGGCAUGGCCAUCCUCGGGAACGUGCAGCAGCGCUCGUUCGAGGUGCGCAUCGACGGCGACUCCGUCGGGUUCAGGCCCGGCGCCUGCUGAUCCUCACCCAUUCGCUCAUCGAUUAACAGCCGGUGCCGGCCGGCGAUUAGCUUCUGAUUAAUUACAAUCUAGUACUAGUAGAAACAAGUAUGCGUGUACGCACACGAGAGUACACAGAUACAUACAUGACAGCAGUAUACAUACAGACUUACAGAGUAUACAUGACAGCAUACACGACAGUUGGAUGCAUGUCGGUGAAA